AAGGUGAAAGUUCCAGCAGUAACACUUUAUUCAGAUUUUCUUUAAGAAAAAAUUGUACAAUAAAUGAAGUCUUCAUUAAUUUUGAUGAACGUGGACUAAAGAUGAAUUGGUUUUUUGUGGUAAUCUGUGUGUUUUACGUCAGUGGAUUGAUAGCGUAUACCAAAGAGCUAAAGGAAAGAGACCGUCGAUCUAUUUGUGGUGGACGAUCAUACAACUAUAGCAGUUACAUAUGUUGUUCUGGAGAAAUUUUUCCAAAGUCAAAAGGAUAUUCCUGUUGUGGAAGCUGUAUUUACAAUUAUGGAACUCACACAUGUUGUAAUGGAACUGCUUUGGUCAAAAGAAAAAAUUCCUACUGCUGUGGUCAUAAACUUGUUCUAAGAAGGAGUGGCUAUUCUUGUUGUGGAUGGGGAAGUUUAGCACGAACGUACAAUUAUAGAACUCACAAAUGUUGUAGAGGCAAAGUUCUUCUAGGAGGAAGUGGUUAUUCUUGUUGUGGAAGUCGUUUGUACAAUUAUAGAACUCAUAAAUGCUGUAGUGGCAGAAUUCUUUUAGGAGGAAGAGGUUAUUCUUGUUGUGGAAGUCGCUUGUACAAUUAUAGAACUCAUAAAUGUUGUAGUGGCAGGAUUCUUUUAGGAGGAAGAGAUUAUUUUUGUUGUAGAAGUCAGUUGUACAAUUAUACAACUCAAAAAUGCUGUAGCGGCAGAAUUCUUUUAGGAGGAAGAGGUUAUUCUUGUUGUGGAACUCAGUUGUACAAUUAUACAACACAUACAUGUUGUGGACGCAAAGUUCUUUUAGGAGGAAGAGGUUAUUCUUGUUGUGGAUGGGGUAUUUCAGCAAGAACAUACAAUUAUAGAACUCAUAAAUGUUGUGGAGGCAAAGUUCUAUUGGGAGGAAGUGGCUAUUCUUGUUGUGGAAGUCGGUUGUACAAUUAUAGAACUCAUAAAUGUUGUGGAGGCAGAAUUCGUUUAGGAGGAAGUGGUUAUUCUUGUUGUGGAAGACGAUUGUUCAAUUAUAGAACUCAUAAAUGUUGUGGAGGCAAAGUUCUUUCAGGAGGUAGUGGCUAUUCUUGUUGUGGAAGUCAGUUGUACAAUUAUAGAACUCAUAAAUGUUGUGGAGGCAAAAACUCAUAA